AUGGAUGUGGGUAGCAAAGAGGUCUUGAUGGAGAGUCCACCGGACCACACAGCAGGUCCCAGGAGCCAGUUCCGCAUCCCCUGCUGCCCCGUGCAUCUCAAACGCCUUCUCAUCGUGGUUGUGGUGGUGGUCCUUGUUGUCGUGGUGAUUGUAGGGGCCCUGCUCAUGGGCCUUCACAUGAGUCAAAAACAUACUGAGAUGGUCCUUGAAAUGAGCAUCGGAGCACCGGAAACUCAGAAACGCCUAGCCCUGAGUGAGCACAUGGACACCAUUGCUACCUUCUCCGUUGGUUCCACUGGCAUUGUUGUGUAUGACUACCAGCGACUCCUGACUGCCUAUAAGCCAGCCCCGGGUACCUACUGCUACAUCAUGAAGAUGGAUCCAGGGAGCAUCCCCAGUCUUGAGGCUUUUACUAGAAAAUUCCAGAACUUCAAGAUUGAACAUAUGUGUUCUUUCCAGGCCAAGCCCUCGGCGUCCACCCCUAAGCUGGGUCAGGAGGAAGGGCAUGGCAUUGGUUCUGAGUCUUCCGGGAGAGACCUGGCAUUCCUAGGCCUUGCUGUGAGCACCUUGUGUGGAGAGCUACCACUGUACUAUAUCUAG